GUACUGAUGGUUACCUGGAGGUCAUUCCGGGGAUCAACUCCCCCGUGGCCCGGUCCAUGACCAGGCCUCCCGGUAACAUCAGUAUUAAAAUUAUUGUUGAUAAUGAGUUUCAACUAAAGAGUCCAACAGUGAUGAGCAUGGAAAGAUUUAAUACAUUUUGAAUUAUGCUGUUGUCUUUUAUAUUUUGCAAAUAUCUUGCCUUUAUACCUAUAAAUCUCAGUUACUUUUAGUUGGUACAUUAAUAUACUCAUAUAAUAUUUUAUAAAAUAUUUACAGUUAUGUUCUUGAAAACAUAUCCUUUUACACAGCUCAGCAACAGCAGUCAGGAAAGGGUCGAGGAGCAAAGCGAAAAAUGCCAGAGACCACUGCUGGCAAUAAAAAGGCUCGAGGAGACAUGCCAGCUCCUAAACUACAUGGUUAUCCAGUAGAUCAUCCUUUUAAUAAAGAUGGUUACAGAUAUAUUCUUGCUGAGCCUGAUCCUCAUGCCCCUUUCAGACAAGAGUUUGAUGACAGUAAUGAUUGGGCAGGUAAACCAAUUCCUGGAUGGCUCUAUCGUGCUCUCAGUCCUGGGGCUGUGCUCCUUGCUCUGCAUGACCGUGCUCCACAACUUCGUACAGCUGAUGAUCGUCUGGCUGUGACGGGAGACAAAGGUUAUUGUCUCAUCAGAGCCACUCAUGGUGUGAGUCGUGGAGUAUGGUACUGGGAGUGUACCAUAGAAGAGCAGCCAGAAGGUUCUCACACACGCAUAGGUUGGUGCCAACAGCUUGCUAACCUUCAGGCACCACUUGGAUAUGAUAAAUUUGGAUAUUCAUGGAGGUCAAGGAAGGGGACAGUGUUUCAUGAAUCACGAGGGAAACAUUACUAUGAUGGAAGUUUUGGUGAGGGAGAUGUGCUGGGCAUUAUGAUUGACCUUCCAGAGAAGAACCCUGUCUCACAAUUCCCACCAACAUACAAGGAUAAGCCACUAGUCAAAUUCCGAUCCCAUCUGUAUUAUGAAGAUAAGGAUGAUGUACCAGAAGCCCUGAAGAAUUUGAAACCUCUCCCAGGGAGUAAAAUGAUAUUUUUCAAAAAUGGAAAAUGCUGUGGUGAGGCUUUCCGGAAUGUCUAUGGGGGUACAUAUUAUCCGGGAGUCUCUCUAUACAAAAACAUUACUGUAUCUGUCAAUUUUGGACCAGACUUCAAGCAUCCUCCUUCCUCCUAUGAAUAUAGAGGGUUACAUGAAAGGUGUGAGGAAUCCAUGGUGGAGAGGACACUUGCAGACAUGACCUACCUAGUAGAGAAUGAGGGAAAGUUAAGACUGGAUGUGUUUUACCUAAAUGAUAUCUUGCUUAUGGUAAUCUUAAGCUGUAAACUUUCCAACAGUAGAUUUUUUUAUGCUACAGAAACCUGAGAGUCAGA